AUGGACCACAAGGAAGUAAUCUUUCUACUUCUCUUAUUUCUAAACUCAGGUCAAGGUGACUCCCUGGAUGGCUACGUAAACACCCAAGGGGCUUCGCUGUUCAGUCUCACCAAGAAGCAGCUAGGAGCAGGCAGCGCAGCUGACUGUGCAGCCAAAUGUGAGGCAGAAACAGACUUCGUCUGCAGGGCGUUCCAGUACCACAGCAAGGAGCAACAGUGUGUGAUCAUGGCUGAAAACAGGAAGUCCGCCUCCGUCAUCAGGAUGAGAGACGUCGUCCUGUACGAAAAGCAAGUGUAUCUGUUGGAAUGCAAGAUUGGCAAUGGGAGGAGCUACAGAGGUACCAUGUCCAAGACGAAAACUGGCAUCACCUGUCAAAAGUGGAGUGCCACGGUCCCCCACAGACCAAAAUACACCCCUGACAAGUACCCUGAGGAGGGGCUGGAGGAGAACUACUGCAGGAACCCGGACAAUGACGAGCAGGGGCCCUGGUGCUACACGAUGGACCCCAACGAGAGAUACGGCUACUGUGACACCCCCGAGUGCGAAGAUGAAUGUAUGCAUUGCAGCGGAGAGAAUUAUGUGGGCAAAAUCUCCACGACCAAGUCUGGACUUGCAUGCCAGGCCUGGGACUCUCAGAGCCCUCACACCCAUGGAUACAUCCCUUCCAAAUUCCCAAGCAAGAACCUGAAGAUGAAUUACUGCCGAAACCCUGACGGGGAGCCUCAACCAUGGUGCUUCACCACCGACCCUAACAAGCGCUGGGAGUACUGUGACAUUCCCCGCUGCACAACCCCCCCGCCCCCUCCUGGUCCGACCUACCAGUGUCUGAAGGAAAGAGGUGAAAACUACCGCGGGACAGUGUCUGUCACUGUGUCUGGGAACACCUGUCAGCGCUGGAGUGAGCAAAGCCCCCACGAACACAACAGGACUCCAGAAAACUUCCCCUGCAAAGAUUUGACUGAAAACUAUUGCCGUAAUCCUGAUGGAGAAACAGCUCCAUGGUGCUACACCACCAACAGUAAAGUGAGGUGGGAAUACUGCAAGAUCCCGUCCUGCCAGUCCUCUGCCUCGGACCUGGAGCUUUCGGAUGCCUUGGCAUCACCUGAGCUCACCCCCGUGGUCCAGGAGUGCUACCAGGGUAAUGGGCAGAGCUAUCGGGGCACCUCAUCCACCACUAUCACAGGAAAGAGAUGCCAGUUUUGGUCAUCGAUGACUCCUCAUCGACAUGUGAAGACCCCAGAGAACUUCCCUGAUGCCGACCUGAGGAUGAACUACUGCAGGAACCCGGAUGCUGACAAGGGCCCUUGGUGCUACACCACAGACCCGAGCGUCAGGUGGGAAUACUGCAACUUGAAGAGAUGCUCAGAGGCAGAAACCAGCCCCACGGAGUCCUCGCCUGUGGCCCAGGGGCCUGGCUUGCAGGCCACUCCUGCGCCAGACUGCAUGUUUGGCAACGGGAAAGAGUACAGGGGCAAGAAGGCCACCACUGUGACUGGCACCCCAUGCCAGGGGUGGGCUGCCCAGGAGCCUCAUCGACACAGCAUCUUCACCCCAGAGACAAACCCCCGGGCGGGUCUGGAGAGAAACUACUGCCGCAACCCUGACGGCGAUGUCAAUGGCCCCUGGUGCUACACGAUGAAUCCCAGAAAGCUCUUUGACUAUUGUGACGUCCCUCUUUGCGAGUCACCAUCAACGUCAUUUGAUUGUGGAAAGCCGCAGGUGGAGCCAAAGAAAUGUCCUGGGCGGGUGGUAGGUGGGUGUGUGGCCAACCCGCACUCCUGGCCCUGGCAAAUCAGCCUUAGAACCAGGUUUGGCCAGCACUUCUGUGGAGGCACGUUAAUCUCCCCAGAGUGGGUGUUGACUGCCGCGCACUGUCUGGAGAGGUCUUCAAGGCCUUCAUCCUAUAAGGUCGUCCUGGGUGCCCACCAAGAAGUGAAUGUUGAAGCAGAUGCUCAAGUUAUAGAAGUGGCCCGGCUGUUCUCGGAACCCACCCGAGCGGACAUCGCUUUGUUGAAGCUGACCAGACCUGCCAAAAUCACUAACAAGGUUAUUCCGGCUUGUCUGCCUUCUGCCAAUUAUGUGGUUGCUGACCGGACGUUAUGUUACAUCACGGGCUGGGGAGAAACCAAAGGGACCUACGGCGCCGGGCAACUCAAGGAGGCCCAGCUGCCGGUGAUUGAGAACAAGGUGUGCAACCGCCGUGACUACCUCAACGGCAGAGUCCGGUCCACGGAGCUGUGCGCCGGGCACCUGGCCGGGGGCGUUGACAGCUGCCAGGGUGACAGUGGAGGACCUCUGGUUUGCUUCGAGAAGGACAAGUACAUUUUACAGGGAGUCACUUCCUGGGGGCUUGGCUGUGCUCGUCCUAAUAAGCCUGGCGUCUACGUUCGUGUCUCGAGAUAUGUUUCUUGGAUUGAAGAGAUCAUGAGAAAUAACUAAUUGGCCUGGAGACAAACCUACAAGCUAGAACAUGGGGAGGGGUUUUAGAAUGCUUGGAAGUAAUUGACAGUAAUCAAACUUAGACACUGUACGGAGCUACAUGCGUCUCCUGCCAACCCUCCGCCUUUUUUGUAUUAUGUGGAUAAACUUGUCCCGUCUGUGGACUGCUGGAUCUUGUGACAAGCAACACCACUGUGACAUUUGUGGAAAAUAAACUCUGUACUUUGAUUUGA